AUACUUGGAGAUAAGCGCAACGGGCACUGCCCCCUACAGGCCGAGAAAGAAUGCCGGUUUCUGUCUCGAGCUGCUUCUUCGGACCGUGCGCCUGCGCCUGCGCGGCAGGCACAAUGCUCCAAGACCCGCGCCCCUACCUCGAUGAUUUCCAGGUGGUGGUGGAGACGGCGACCGCCGCUGCCAAGCAGGUGGCGACCACGGCGCCGGCGGUGGCGCACAGCGCGGCGCGGGUGGGGCACGUGGGUGCCAAGGCCGCCAAGCGCACCAAGUGGUUGUGGCGGCCGGCGGUGUGGGUGAUGAGGCCGCUGGGCAAUGCAGCGGCGAGGCGACUCAUGGGCGCGGCCGGAGACCAGGCGCCCGCGGGCAGCUUGGAGGCCGGCAGCAUCGUCGGCGGCUCCACCAUCAGCGGCCGCAGCGGCGGCGGCGGUGGCGGCACGCCGCCGGUGCUGCUGGCGGCGGAGGGCCUGGCGCAGGCGGUGCAGCCGCUGCUGUCCUCGCCGCGGGCCUCCGAGGCGGGCAGCAGCAAUGGCGGUGGCGGCGGCGGCGGCAGGGGUGGCGGCACGGGGGCUGGUGUGGGUGGGGGCAGUACGGACAUUUCGCCUCGCAGCCGGCGGGGGUACCGCAGCGACACGGAUGAGGCGCCGGCGCACCCGCCCAGCCUGGCUGCGACUGCCGGCAGCAUGUUCGGCGCGAGCGGGAGUGGCGGCGGCGAGGGUGCGGCUGCUGGUGCUGGUGGCGGCGGGGAUGAGGGCGGGAGUGGACAUGGCGGAGGGCAGCUGGGAGGCACGGUGGGCGCGGUGGUGGGCGGCGUCAAGGGAGUGGUGGGCGCGGGCGUGGCGACGGGCGCGGCCCUGGGCCGGCAGGCACACGACCUGGCCUCAAGCGCUGCAGCCGCCGCGGGCGCGGCGGCGGGGGCCGUGGGGUCUGCUACUGCCGGUCUGGCGGGCCACGGCGGCGGUCAGCAGCAGCAACGGCGUUGGGGCAGCGGUGGCGGCGGCGGCGCGGGGGGUGCCGCAGGCGGGGGUCAGCUGCCUCCGGUACUGGGCGCUGCGCGUUUGGCGGAUGACACGGUUUGAGGUGUCGGAACGUAACGAACAGUGCGCAGAGGGAAGUUGUGUCAUGGUGUUGGGGAGGCAGGGUUUGUUUUGAUGCCAUGCCAAACAAUGCUUUACAUGCUUUGAAGCGGGUUUUCAGCGUGCGAGGCAGGUACAAGGCUGAGCAAGUAGUGAGUGCGCAGGGGAGGCACGGCAUAUAUAGCAGGCUGGGGAAACGAACACGUAGGAUGGAGUGCGCAUGCGAUGCGGCGCAGGCUUGCUGCAUGCAGGUGUUUUGCUCAUUGCAGCAAGGUGUCUGUUUGGAGCCAUAGGGGCGUGAGGAACCGCUGAAGUGCGAAGGAUGGCAGCAUGAUAGGUGGCUACGUACGCAUCACUUGCGUGCGGAGCUGGCUGGCUGUCUCACCAGUGCCCGACAAGGAACCCAGCUGAAAUGCCGAAUGGGCACGGGUGCGUGAACGCUGCUUUGCUGCUGGCCGUCCCUUCACGAUCGUAGCCAGCAUGCCUCCCGCCCAGUGCUGUAAGAAAGCCGUACU